AUGCAUAUUCUCACAAGAGCGGAGGAAGAGUACCUCUUCAAGACCCUGAAGGCGAAUGCGCUCAAGGAGUGCGAUCCGAUUGUCAAAGAAUUUGUCGAGUGCACACACGGAAAGCUGGUCACCGUACUGUGGGGUUGCAGGGCACAACACAAGGCGAUGAACAAGUGUCUA